AUGAAACAGCAACAACACAUCAACGCAGGGAAGAAGAAGGAAGCGAGAAAGAUCUCUGGGAUUUCGGCAGAUCAGAUAUGGGUUUUCUUUGAAGAAGGGGGAAUGACUGAUUUCAGAACAAAAUUGGGGGUGGAAGGAGGCGGGUAUUACUAUUAUGGUAUAUGCACCGCCGGUGGAAUGUUCAGCGCCGGUGCCACCCAUCUCGCCGUCACCCCUCUUGAUGUCUUGAAAGUCAAUAUGCAGGUGAAUCCAAUCAAGUUUCACAGUAUCGCCUCUGGUCUCAAUAUUCUCUGGAAAGAAGAAGGUCCUUCGUCUCUAUGGAGAGGAUGGUCGGGUAAACUAUUCGGCUAUGGCGUUCAAGGUGGAUUCAAAUUCGGACUUUACGAAUUCUUCAAAAGACGUUACACAGAUCUAUUAACAGACGAAAGACAAAGCAUCGUAUAUUUUCUCAGCAGUGCAUCUGCUCAAGUAUUUGCAGACAUUGCUCUUUGUCCAUUCGAAGCUGUGAAAGUUCGUGUCCAAACACAACCCAAUUUCGCAAAGGGAUUAUCAGAUGGGUUCCCAAAAUUAUAUUCACGAGAAGGAAUUUCUGGAUUUUACAAGGGACUUCUUCCACUUUGGGGACGUAAUCUUCCAUUUUCAAUGAUCAUGUUCUCAACAUUUGAGCAUUCGGUUGACCUAAUCUACAAAAAAAUUGUUCAAAAGAGAAAGGAGGAAUGUUCGAGGGGACAACAAUUAGGGGUGACAUGUUUAGCUGGGUAUACUGCUGGAGCUGUGGGAACUGUGAUUUCGAAUCCAGCUGAUAAUAUCGUGUCUUCUUUAUAUAACAAGAAGGCUAAUCACACAGUGUUGCAGGUUGCAAAGAGUAUUGGAAUGGUGAAUUUGUUUACAAGAAGUCUUCCUAUAAGAGUUGCACUUGUGGGACCUGUUGUGACUCUUCAAUGGUUUUUCUAUGAUACGAUUAAAGUGCUUAAUGGACUGCCUACGACUGGAGGGGUUAGCUUAGGGGUAGAAGGAGAUGCAUGAAGCAUUGCUUCAAUGGUGGUUCACUUUUGAGGUCUCCUUCCUGCAAUUUUAACACUCAUUAACAUUUUAUUGGUUUGUAUAAGUAUAAAAAUAUAUACAAAAUGUAGUUCUUUUUUUCUUGGUUUAUAGAAAUUGUAAUGCUUUGUUCUUAAAGAAACAUUAUGCGCUUCAAAGAUGAAUGAAAAAAGUAAGAUACGAGCUCUGAUGUGAGGAAUAAAAAUGUCAGAAAAUGUUAUGGGCAAUGAAGUCGUUUGAGCUUUUUAUGACAUGCUUGAGAAUUUAUAAGUUUGUAAAACAGAAUUUUUAUUAUUAU